AUGUCCCUGAUUCCAGACUCAGCAAAUCAAGGCGAGGGAGCUGCAGCGGCAGCAGAGGGCCCAGCAGAGACAGCAGCUGAAGCAAGAGCUAGGUGGUCCCAUCCAACCAUCCCCACACCAGGCAACCCAGCAGGGGGCGUGGCAGGGGAGGCGGGGUUGAGGCAGGCGGCGAGUGGCGUGCUGGCGAGCCGGCUGUAUGAGGAGCGGCUGAAGCAGGCGCAGCUGGCCAGGGCGGAGAGCGGGGCGAGCAUGGACGAGGCAGCUCUUAGGGUUCUGAAGCAGGCGCAGCUGGCCAGGGCGGAGAGUGGGGCGAGCAUGGACGAGGCGGCUCUCAGGGUGAGUAGAAUAGCCAUACAUAGUGGUGCACAGGAGUUUGAACUUCACAGCGCUCUCAUGCUCCCCUCACGUGUUCCCAAUGUGUGCUCCCAAUGCGUGCUGUGUUCUCCCCCCCCUCUCUGCCCCUUACGACUGACGCACCUUGCGUCCGUUGGCAAUGCGGCAGGCAUGUCCCAGCAGUCCCUGCAGCUGUCAUAG